UUAUGUCUUUCUUUCUCAUCUCUUUCCUUACCUCCCAAGCUUUCGACUAUCACAUCAAGCUCAAACGUCCUAUGGAGACUAGCGGCUCGGAGCAGGUUUGCAGCGAGACCGAGAAGCAGUCUCCUCCGCCACGGCCAUCUCCGGGGGGCUUGCUGCGUCUCGGCAGUGGCACGAGCGUCGUCCUCGAUCCCGAGGUCAUACUCGAGGCCAAGCUACGGAAGCUGCCGUCUUCCCAGUACAAAGGCGUCGUGCCACAGCCCAACGGCCGGUGGGGGGCGCAGAUCUACGAGAAACACCAGCGGGUCUGGCUGGGAACCUUCAACGAGGAAGACGAGGCCGCGCGGGCGUACGACGUGGCGGUGCAGCGGUUCCGCGGGCGCGACGCGGUCACCAACCUCAAGCCGCUCGUCGUGACCGACGGCAACGAUGCGGCGGAACUCCUGUUCUUGAACUCGCGCUCCAAGGCCGAGAUCGUCGAUAUGCUACGUAAGCACACCUACUACGAUGAGCUGCAGCAAAGUAGAAGGAACUCCGGCGCCGACAGGAGUAAGCCUUGCCCUUCCCACGAAGAGACAUUCGGUCGAGUGUACAGGGAGCAUCUCUUCGACAAGGCCGUGACUCCCAGCGACGUCGGGAAGCUGAACAGAUUGGUGAUACCGAAGCAGCACGCCGAGAAGCACUUCCCGCUGCAGCAGACCAGCGAUGCCGCCUGCAAGGGGUUGCUGCUGAACUUCGAGGACGCCUGCGGGAAGGUGUGGCGGUUUCGGUACUCCUACUGGAACAGCAGCCAGAGCUACGUGCUAACCAAGGGCUGGAGCAGGUUUGUGAAGGAGAAGGAGCUCAGAGCUGGCGACGUCAUCACCUUUCAGCGGUCGACCGGCCCCGAGAAUCAGCUCUUCAUCGGUUGCAGGAGACGAUCCGUCGGCAGAUACGCUGCCGCAGGGGUUCACGCGCCCACCACUCCCGUCGAGGCGGUGAGGCUCUUCGGAGUAAACAUAGUUAAGAUUCCGGUGGCCGUCAGCGGCGGUGUGAUGGACGGGGACGGUAUCGGUUGGAAUGGGAAGAGGAGCAGGGACAUGGGUUUGAUCUCAUCAAGGGAGCUGUUCAAGAGGCAAAGCACACAAGCUUUGUAGUGUUGGCUCUUUGAUUUCCAAUCCGUCGUGCAAUAUGUCCGAUUACUAUGAAGAGUUAGAAUCUUUGGUGAAAGGAUUGGAAACAUCAGCUGCAAGGAAAGAAAAAGGAACAAUAAAAAGAAGGCGUUGCUUCAAUGUUGUCGACCACAUAUAAUUGCGUUUCUAUCCAUCUUAAUCGAUCGAUGCAUCUCAUCUUUGUUUUGCUUCCCAAAGAUCAUUGUGUUCAGCAGACGAGUCAUGCUAAUGCCCUGCCAGAGUAUGAAGGUAAACCCGCACGAUGCAAGCAUGGGAAACGGGGACAUGGUAUUAUUCUCUGCAACAAAAGAGGAGGACAAUCUCUUAAAUAUGUUUCAUGUUGUACAUGCACGAGGAAAGAGGUGCUGCAUUUGAUAGUGUCUCACGGACGAGUCAACUCUGGCAUCAUCCAUGAAGGAUCUGAGCACGAAAUAAAGAGAAGGAAAUGGCAUCUCGGAGGAUAUGUUCUAUGAAUGUGUUCAUGUUGAUGUCCGAUGGUAAUCUCCAUAUGUAUUCUUAAUUACAAGAUAAAGGCGAAGAAGUUUUGCGUUGGUGCAAGUCAUCUA